CUCUCCAUUUUCGUACACUACAACACUAAAUCAAUCAUUAUUUAUCUUUUAAAAGGCCUUUUAAGUUCUUGUUCUUUUCAGUAACAUCUAUUCAUUUCCACUCGAAAUGGAAUGCAUCACAAAGCUCCCUUUCAAUGAAAAUGAAACCGAAGACAGCCUUUUGACGACCUUUGAUUCAAUGGUCCUAUAUGAUCAAGAAAACCAAGUACCUCGAGAGUUUGUGUGGCCCGACCAUCAGAAACCCUCUCCAAAUGUUCCAAUCCUCCAAGUCCCUCUCAUUGACCUUGCUGGCUUCCUCUCCGACGACCCAUUCUUGGUCUCGGAGGCUACAAGACUUGUGGCAGAAGGUGCAAAGCAACAUGGUUUCUUCUUGGUCACCAACCAUGGAGUCGAUGAGAGGCUCCUGUCCAGUGCCUAUACAUCUAUGGACAAAUUCUUUUUGUCACCGACUUGUGAGAAACAGAAGGCUCUGGGGGAGUGGCGUGAAAGCUGGGGUUACGCUAAUAGCUAUUUCGGGAAAUACAAGAAGAAUCUACCCUGGAAGGAAAUGCUGUCGUUUUCUUUCUCCCCGGAGGAGAAGACCGAUAACCACUCUCAAAUCGUCAAAGAUUUCAUUAUUGAAAAAAUGGGUGACGGAUACAAUGAUUUUGGGAGGGUAUAUCAAGAAUACGGCGAGGCCAUGAGCAAUCUCUCAUUGAAGAUCAUGGAGCUUCUUGGAAUGAGUCUUGGCCUUAAUAGAAGCCAUUUCAAAGAUUUUUUUGAAGACAAUGAAUCGAUAUUGAGAUUGAAUUACUAUCCAAAGUGCAAGCAACCAGAUGUUGUACUAGGGACAGGACCACACUGCGACCCAACCUCCCUAACCAUACUUCAACAAGACCACGUCAGUGGUCUUCAAGUUUUAGUGGACAACCAAUGGCAUUCAGUUCCUCCUAACCCUCAAGCGUUGGUGGUUAACAUUGGCGACACUUUCAGGGCUCUUACCAACGGAAUAUACAAGAGUUCUUUGCAUCAGGCGGUAGUGAAUAGCGAGACGGAAAGAAAGACAAUUGCAUUCUUCCUAUCUCCAAAAGUGGACAAAGUGGUGAAGCCACCAGAGGAAUUAGAAGGUGAAAGAGUGUAUCCAGAUUUUACAUGGUCUAUGCUUCAUGAGUUCGUAAAGAAACACUAUAAAACAGACGAGAACACGCUUGAAGAGUUCACAAAAUGGCUCAAAAAGGCGGAAACCUCUAAUGAAGGAUAAGAGCAAAGUUACUUUAAGAGCCUAAGUUUCCUCGUUUAUCUUCAAACACCAUUAACGAGCUUUUCCCGUUCUGUUUCUUUAAGUUGUGUGCUGUAUUAAAUAAAGUGACAUUCUGAUCCA